AUGCACCCCGUCACCUGGUACCCUCAGGCCUUCCCAGUGGACCCUGGCGUCUUCCAAGGCCGUCCGCUGUCGCCGCUCCUUUUCGUGCUUGCGGCGCAACCGAGUGCCGGGCAUGCCGGGCUCCUCGCGCCGCAGCAGGCUUUCCAGCCCAUAAGGUUGCUGGGCCUGGGCAGCCACAGCCACUUGACCGGGCCAGAUCCGGUAAUCGGAGUCACCUUCGCAACGCCGGGAGGCAGCGUCAAGCACCUGGGCAUUUCUCUGUCCACACAGCCAGCCGCUGCGGCCGCUGCGGUCGCAGCCCUUCACACAGCCAUCGUCACGAUGGUGGCGGCGCGAAUCGUCUUGUCAGGCUUCCGCCUCAGCCUGCUGAGUUGGGGGUACGUCACCUACCAUGCCACCCUCGUGCCAGGGCCACCGGAGCGGCUCUGUAGAGCCAUCCACACCUUCGGCGCGGCGAACAGGCAGCGCAACAGCACACUUCCCGGGCAAGCAGACCUGCUUUCGCUCGGCAAAGAAGGGCGGCAUAACGCUUGUGGACAGCCGAAUUUAGAUCGUGGCACUCCAACCCAAGGUGCUGGGCAGGCUGCUGGAGCCAGAGUAGCUGGCCUGGAAGGCCUUCCGAAGAAGAAGGCACAAGAGAACAGCCUGGCUGGCAGCUCAGGACCCCGCCUCGCUCUCAGCGCGCCACCAACAUAUCUGGCAGCUGGGCAGAUUCCUGCUUGUCUCCAAUUUUCCAGCAGAGCGGCUGCAGGCCUCGGGGACCCUUACCAGAAGCUGCUGCUCACAGAUGCUGGUAGACAACCCCUCGCCUGGGAGGACUGGGCCCGGCUGGGCAUUGUCAGGAUCAGCCACCUUAACGACAUGUUGCGUGACCCGGAGCACCAGCACAGCACGAUCCGCGAUCGCCUCCCGACCCUCCUCGAGGCCCUGCAUGCCGCGUUGGUGCGAUACUGGGAUUUCACAAGGCCCUGGCACCCGCGCACCGGGAAACGCCAGAAGCCACAGGAGCAGGAGGAGAAAGCUCCGCCGCCCCCGGCCGCAGCACUCAAGCCGUACUUCUUCGGCCCGCACCACCCCUGCCCAUCCACACACACACACGCUCCCUCACACAUGAAUUCUUCCUGGGGCAAAACAGUAGUCUCUACCGUAACAGUCGCACGAGUGUCAAGCAGGAAUGAAUAUGAGGAAGGAGUAUCACCAGCGAGACUGCUGGACGAUACCACCCGCCGGAGCCCCGCCAGCACUCUGCAGGCGGCCCACAGCGAGUAG